UUGACUUUCAUUUUUCAGAGUUGAUACAUGUACAUGUAUAUUGACGUGAUGGCGAACGGCUCAAUCUUGUACCCAUUGCUCGUCGCUUGUCUCCUCGUCAGCUCGUCCUUUCAAUCUUUACAUCGACACGAUGGAGAUUCGGCGAUGUCAUCCAUAACACUGGACAUGGACAAAUCUUUCCGUGCAUGCGAUCAGAACCUUGAACUGAAAAGAGCUUUUUGCAGCUAUAGAGGCCUGAACACGGUUCCCCAGAAUCUUUCUGAGGAUAUCGAGUUGCUUAGGUUGUCUUCGAACAAUAUUACCAAACUCUUGAACUCUUCGUUUGAAGUAUACCCUCUAAUUAACUCCUUGGACAUUUCCCAUAACGAUAUAAGAGUGAUAGAAGUCGCCGCUUUUUAUCCCCUCAAGGGCUUAAUGUACCUGGAUCUAUCCUAUAACCGGCGUCUUGUGUUUCCAACAACAGGCGUCUUCGUGAUGUCUCCACAGCUUUCCAUUCUCGAUUUAAGAUAUUCAAACUUGAAGUCGCUCCCAAAUGACACUCUAGAAUGGAUUCCAUAUCUAAAUUAUGCAGAUCUGUCCUACAACCGGCUCUCCUUCAUCAAUGUAAGUUCUUGUGGCAUGGUCGGCACUGUAGACAUGACUGGAAAUCAACUACGACACCUUACGGCGAGAGAUUUUACCUUUGGGUGCCACACUGAUACUCUAAAUCUUGCAUACAACUAUAUCCAAUCUGUAGACCCUGAUGUGAUCGCAUCACUACAUGUUCGCUCUUUGGUGCUGCGUGGCUUCCCUUUGAGUUACGAGGUGUUAGCGAAAAUCAUACUCGGAAUCUCAAAAUCAGACAUCGAACAGCUUACAAUCAUCUAUUCUUCUGUUGGUGCAUUUCCUAAAGGUUUCUUUGAUCCACUGCGCGAUUCUUCUCUCUCUGUUCUGGACUUCAACAGGAACGAACUGAAAAACCUCUAUCCUUUAGUCUUCUCAAAUUUGACAAAACUCAAACAAUUCAGUUUUAGUUUUAACGAACUCCCCAUAGGCGAAAUUCAACCAGACUUUUUCGAGGGCAUGAAUGCAUUAAAGGUACUUGCAAUCAACAACAACCGAGUAAGACAAAUAAAUCCUAACAAUCAGACUUGGACAGUGGACUUAUCGGAGUUUAACUUAUCCGGUAAUCUGUUUACAAAAAUAUCUGCAGCUGUAUUUCGCGGUUUAGGAAAUUUAACUUUCUUAGACAUGAGCUCGAACAUACACCUUUAUUCCUUUGAGCUGACGGCCUUUUCGGGACUUGACAAUAUUCAAACCAUUUAUUUGAACGGAAGUAAUAUACUUGUCAUGGAAUUAUACGCCCCAUUAUUAAGAUCACUUUCCCUAAACUCUCUUGGUUCAGGCCUUCAUAGUUUUCGACCAGGAAUAUUGUUUCAAUAUUUGCAAUCCCUUCAUAAUUUAGACAUGAUAGCCUCUAAGCUUGUCCUGUAUGACAUAUUGAAUGCAACUGCUAACGCGUCUCUUUUCGAUGGAUUAUUUAAUCUUAAACAUUUGGACUUGAGUUCUAACUAUUUCCCGAUUUUACAGUCAGGGAUAUUCCAGCAACUCUCUGUUGCACAAGAGCUAAAUCUAGACUACUGCAAAAUUACAAAUCUACAUCCUUUUGUUUUCUCUGGGUUGGAAUCGCUUCAGAAGUUGAGUUUGAACGGAAACAACAUACAGCAUAUUCAUGAUGAUGUAUUAUCGGGGUUGGGUCAAAUAAAAAGUAUCAGCUUUGAUGGAAACCGUAUCAAUUUCUUGGAGGAGCUAAUGUUCUCAAAUAACUGGAAACUCACAAAUCUUUCUUUGGCCAACAACAGAUUAACGCGCCUUAGUCAAAGUACUUUCAAGCCGAUAUUUUCCUCCAUUUUAUCACUUAAUCUAUCAAUGAACCCAAUUGAUUGUAACUGUGAUCUACAGUGGCUAAUUGAUUGGUUAAAUGAACCUAUACACCUGGAAAACAAGGACCAAACUAUCUGUUCGUCAGCAUCUCUGGAGGCUCUUCGUGAGAAACCCCUGCUUGAUUUUGAUCCAAAUAAACUCUGUAUAAUGAAAUAUGGUAUAUUCUCUCUGAUUCCCCUCGCUUCCAUUAGCUUGGUUGUUAUCAGCGUGCUGGUGUAUCACUACCGAUGGCAGUUGAGGUACAAACUAUUUCUUUUGAAACUGGCCGUACUGGGCUAUACAGAGAUGCGAGACGCUCGAGACCACCAUGACUACGAGUUUGAUGUGAACAUCAUUUUCUACGACGAUGACGAAGAAUGGAUUCGCGGACAGCUCCGACCGGCUUUCGAAGAACGGCUUCCACAGUUUCAGAGAAACGUCUUUGGUGACGGAGACCUUGUGUUAGGUAUGCAUUACUUAGAUUCCGUCGAUUACGUGGUGAGCCAUAGUUACAAGACCAUUAUAGUGCUUAGCAGAGCUGCUGUGCACGACCACUGGUUCAUACUCAAGUUCCGUACGGCCAUGGACCACGUGAGUGACACUCUGACGGAAUUCGUAGUCGUGGUUUUCCUCGAAGACAUCCCAGAUGAUGAAAUGCCAUUUUUGGCGAAGUUGUAUCUCAGUGAUGGCAGACCCUACAUCUACUGGACUGAGAACUUGAGAGGACAAGAAUAUUUCUGGGCUGAAUUUACCAAAAAGCUGACCAUUAAUCUAAGGACAAAUGAUUUGCUCCCAAACGAGUAGGCCAUCACAAUCCUAAGGCCCGCAUCCGGACACCUACGCCCUGGACAUCUCACCCCCAGAUAACCACCCCCAGUCCACUACCU